AUGGCAAUCGAUGGAAGGUUCAGUGUCCAAUCUGCGCUGGAGAGGCUCCUUGCUCGUUGCCCAGAGCUCAAACGAAUUAAGAAGAUUGAUAAUCUUGUUAAAAAGGGGGACGCAGGGAUAGAAGAAGUGGUUAAUUUGGCGGCAGAACUGUUUGUGAACCCAAAAUAUACAAUUCUAUUGGUUGGCUGUUUCCGAGCAAUAUCUCAAAAAAUCAUAGAGAAAGUGGUGUGGUUACUUGGCCAAUGCAAUCUGACCGGCAACACUAAUGAAGAAGUAGGAAGUUUCAGUGACGCAGAAGCGUUUGUUGUUGAGCAUUGCGUACGGAAUGGCAUGGGUUUGUAUCUUCAUGAGCUUGCUUGCUUGGCCUUCGCUCGUGCUCUUGACUUGGACCAGUCCUUGUGGAGGUCUGUAUCUCCGUAUUUUAAAUUCUCUCCUCCGCCCUUUGAAAGGAUCUUGAGGAAAAGGGUGGUUUCUGAGAUCUCGAAGGAGACUCAGUGUCUUGAUAUGAACCUUCUCAGAGAGCACGAGAGGGAACUUUCAGAUAUUAGAUGGUCUGGGGAACAAAUUCUAGCAGUUCUGUUGAAACUGAAUGGGCCAAAGACCGAAAAGGCAGAAGAAGCAGCAUCGUGUCUGUUGCGGUGGGAGGACUUUUGUCGGGAUGUCGCUUUAGAGAAGGGUGGUUCAUACUUUGAGCUAUUUGACAAUACCAAGGAAUAUUCUUCCAAUCAUUUUAGCGAGCAGGACUGCCUAGAAUCUAUUAGCCUUGGUCCAGUGAAGUCAUCGCCGCUUCAGGAAAUUGAGCCUGCAGUAAAAAGUCGAAGUGAAUCGGUUCGCAAUCCUUUUGUCGUCACAUCGGCGAUGCGAAGAAGCUUUGAGAUGGUUCUUUUAGCUGUUAGUCAAAGGUGGCCUGUUCUUCUUUAUGGUCAACCUGGGGUCGGGAAAACAGGUCUGAUAAGCAAGUUGGCUGAAGAUACCGGAAACCAAGUUCUGUCUAUUCAUAUGGAUGAUCAAAUUGAUGGCAAAACAUUGCUUGGGAGUUAUGUUUGUACCGAGAAACCUGGUGAAUUUAGGUGGCAACAUGGAACACUUAUCCAGGCUGUUCUGGGUGGGUAUUGGGUUGUAUUUGAGGACAUCGACAAAGCCCCAGCUGAUGUGCAAUCUAUCUUGUUGCCUCUAUUAGAAGGUGCAAGUUCUUUUGUCACUGGUCAUGGAGAGAAACAUUUGAGCGAGUCAACUCUGCCACUGUCCUUCAAUCUUGUGGUUUUCUAUCCAGAAAUUCUGCUUCCUCCAGUUCCCUUUCCAGGUUCUCAACAAGGUAUUAUGUCUUCCGUCACAUUGGCUCCAGAAGAUAUUGUCACCCAGGCUGUAGACAUAUUUGCAGCCUUUUCAGCGUCUGUCGAGAAGCGGCUUGCUGUGAUGAAAGAAAUAGCUGAUGUGUGGGGAGUUCCCCACUCUGAAGUUGCCAUAUUCCAUCCUUUCAGACCUGAGAUUCAGGAUCGCUUUCAUGGAAAACUUGUCGCGAUGCGUAGUUCUCUGUAUGUACUUGAGAGGAUAACUUGUUCUGUUAAGAACAAUGAGUCUGUUCUUUUGGUUGGUGAAACUGGAACAGGGAAAACUACUCUUGUGCAAAAUCUGGCCAUGAUGCUUGGUCAGAAACUGACUGUUGUGAACUUGAGUCAGCAAAGUGAUGUUGCUGAUUUACUAGGAGGAUUUAGGCCCAUGGAUCCACAGUCUAUUUGUGUUCCCCUCUACAAGGAGUUUGAGAACCUGUUUUCCAGGACCUUUUCUGUGAAGGAAAAUGGUCAAAUCUUUGCCUAUUUACAAAAGAUCCUGAGCCAAAAGAAUUGGGGAAAGUUAUUGAGUCGGUUGAAGAAGUACGUUGAGGAUGUCUAUAAAAAGGUACCAAUAGAAAGCUUUGGGUCUGGGAAGAAGCGAAAGCAACAUUCAGACAGAGAAAUAAUUCGCGAGGACUGGGAUAGUUUUGCUAAGAAAAUUGCAACUGCUUACGGGCAAGUGGGAGAUUCAUCUGGUAUGAUAUUUUCUUUCAUAGAAGGAGCCUUCGUCAAUGCUCUUAGAAAUGGGGAGUGGAUUUUGCUCGAUGAGGUGAAUUUAGCACCCCCUGAGACUUUGCAGAGAGUCAUUGGUGUUCUAGAGGGAGAAUACGGUUCACUGUGUUUGGCUGAAAAAGGAGACAUUGUAGAUAUACCUCGUCACACCAACUUUCGCAUGUUUGCCUGUAUGAAUCCUGCAACUGAUGCCGGGAAGAGGGACUUGCCAUACUCUCUGAGGAGUAGAUUUACAGAGUACUUCGUUGAUGAUGUGUUGGACCGAGAAGACCUGAAAUUAUUUAUAAACAAAUAUCUGGUGGAAAGAGAAGCAAAUAGUGAGUUAGAAAGCCGGAUCAUUGAUUUCUAUGGAUCUGCCAAAACGAACUCAGAGGAUAGGCUGCAGGAUGGUGCCAACCAAAAGCCUCAAUACAGUUUGCGGUCGUUGUACCGAGCACUGGAAUAUACCAGAGAAGCAAGCAAACAGUUUGGCUUUCAGAAAGCUUUGUAUGAUGGAUUUUCUAUGUUCUUCCUGACUUUAUUGGACCAACCCAGUGCUGAAAUCAUGGAAAAAUUGCUCACUAGGAAGUUGCUUGGUGGAAAGAAACCUUUAGAUGUACCUUUUUGCUCGUACUUAAAUGACUUGCAUUCUGCAGAAUCCAUGGCAAAUUAUGUGCUCACAAAGGGUGUUGAGAAGCAGCUUGAGAAUUUAGCACGUGCAGUUUUUAUUAAAAGAUACCCUGUCCUCUUACAAGGGCCAACAUCUAGUGGAAAGACGAGCCUUGUUCAGUAUCUUGCCACCAGAACAGGGCAUAAAUUUGUGCGCAUAAAUAACCAUGAGCAUACAGAUUUACAGGAAUAUUUAGGGUCUUACAUAUCUGAUGCUCAUGGAAAGCUCGUUUUUCAUGAAGGCGUAUUGGUUAAGGCAGUCCGGGAAGGUCAUUGGAUUGUUUUGGAUGAGCUUAACCUCGCCCCAUCUGAUGUACUGGAGGCGUUGAACCGUCUGCUAGAUGAUAACAGGGAACUUUUUGUUCCUGAAUUGCGGGAGACAAUUAGGGCACAUCCAAAUUUCAUGCUUUUUGCCACUCAGAAUCCGCCUACUUUCUAUGGUGGCCGUAAAAUGCUUUCUCGUGCUUUUCGUAAUCGUUUUGUGGAGGUUCAUGUGGAUGAAAUCCCAGAUCACGAGAUGAGCACAAUUAUUGAGAAGCGGUGCUGUGUCCCUGGGAGCCGUGCUGGACUCAUGGUUGAGGUCAUGAAGGAGCUGCAGAUGCGCAGGCAGAGUAGCAAGGUCUUUGCUGGGAAGCAUGGAUUUAUAACUCCAAGAGAUUUGUUUCGCUGGGCUAGUCGCUUGCGAACGUUUUCAGAUUCUAAGGAAGUAAUGGCAGAGCAUGGUUAUUACCUUUUGGCGGACAGGUUGCGUAAUGAGGCCGAGAGGGUUGUGGUUCGGGAAGUACUGAAGAAAGUUAUUAAAAUUGAAAUUCAUGAAGAGAACUUGUACACGGGUUUUUUCCCCAUUCGAGAGAGGUCAAGGUUGGCUGCAGAUUUCAAGGAUACAGUAGAAAAAUUGCUGAUGACAGAGGCUUUCGCUCAUUGCCCUAAAGACUUGGGCAUUUCUUCCGACAUUCGCCAAGGGUCUUCAAGCAUUGCUUCUGUUGAUGAGAUAAUCCGUAACUAUAGACAAGGCCAGUUCUCAGUCACUAACGUUACUGCUGAAGACCUUGAUACCCUCGAGGGGAUGAAAUGGGAUCUCAGUGAGCUGCAUAAAAAAUGGCAGACUAUAUUUAUGUGGCAAGAUGGUCCCCUUGUUGAGGCAAUGAAGGCAGGAGAUCUGUUUCUUAUUGAUGAAAUAUCAUUGGCAGAUGACAGUGUACUGGAAAGAUUGAAUAGUGUGCUAGAGCCAGAAAGAGAACUGUCACUGGCAGAGAAGGGAGGGUCUGAAAUGGAAAAAAUUACUGCUCAUCCCAACUUUUUUGUGCUUGCUACUAUGAAUCCUGGUGGUGACUAUGGUAAGAAAGAGUUAUCUCCAGCUCUUCGAAACAGGUUUACAGAGAUUUGGGUCCCUCCUGUUGGUGAUUUGCAUGAACUUAAAGACAUUGCAUUGAACAGAUUCAACCACCUCGACCUCACAUACAUUCUGGAUGUUAUCGUAAAGUUCUGGGAUUGGUUCAACAAGUUACAGACAGGGAGAAUACUUACUGUGCGGGAUCUUUUAUCCUGGGUUGAAUUCAUUAAUGUUACUAGAAGAAGUCUGGGACCACAAUAUGCGUUAGUACACGGGCUUUUCCUUGUUCUGCUUGAUGGUUUACGUCUAGGAACAGGGAUUUCUUUACCUGAUGCCAGAGUCUUAAGAGAGAGAUGUAUAUCCUUUAUCCAAGAACAACCCGAGCUCCGUGGUGUUCCAAAUUUGUCUCUUAUGGAUUAUGGAUGGAGUGAUCAAAUGGACAUUUCAUGCAUUGAAGAUAAUCAGCCUGAAAAUACAUUUGGGAUCAGUCCGUUUUAUAUUGAACAAGGUGACCAGUGCUGUGAGUCUCAAGGUUUUGAAUUCCUAGCUCCUACAACACGUAGAAAUGCCAUGCGCGUAUUGAGGGCUAUGCAACUUCCAAAGCCCGUUCUACUGGAAGGUAGCCCUGGUGUUGGUAAAACAAGCUUGAUUACUGCGUUGGGAAAAUAUUCUGGGCAUAAAGUUGUACGCAUAAACUUAUCUGAGCAGACUGACCUCAUGGACCUAUUGGGUUCUGACUUGCCUGUUGAGAGUGAUGAUGGGAUGAAAUUUGCAUGGUCUGAUGGAAUCUUGUUACAGGCAUUGAAGGAUGGUUCUUGGGUUCUGCUGGACGAGCUCAAUUUGGCUCCGCAGUCUGUCCUAGAGGGCUUGAAUGCUAUCCUUGAUCAUCGUGCUGAGGUGUUCAUUCCAGAGCUUGGACUUACCUUCAAGUGUCCACCAUCGUUUAAAGUUUUCGCAUGUCAGAACCCUUUCUACCAAGGAGGUGGCAGAAAAGGCCUUCCGAGGUCCUUUUUGAAUCGAUUCACUAAGGUGUAUAUAGACGAGCUAGUUGAAGCUGACUACCAUUACAUCUGUAGUUCACUGUAUCCUUCCAUUCCUGGACCUUUGCUUUCAAAGUUAAUCACUUUCAACAGAAGGUUGCAUGAGGACACCAUGUUACAUCACAAGUUUGGACAGGAUGGUUCCCCUUGGGAGUUCAACCUGCGUGAUGUACUUCGUUCAUGCCAGAUAAUUGAAGGUGCCUCAGAGAAGUCAAAAGUUGAUUGCUUUGUCAACAUCGUCUAUGUGCAGAGAAUGCGUACAGCAGCUGACCGUAUUGAGGUCCAAAGGCUGUACGAAGAGGUUUUUGGAGUUAAGCCAUCCAUCAAUCCUUACCCAAGAGUGCAGCUGAGUCCAGAACAUGUUAGAGUUGGUUACACAGUCAUUCAAAGGAACGGCUGUUCUGCCUUAAAAUCCCCAAACAGUGAGCUGAAACUUUUACCUAGCAUUCGUCAUUGCAUGGAAGCUGUUGUUAGCUGUGUUAAGCAUCAGUGGUUGUGCAUCUUGAUUGGUCCGCCAUCCUCUGGGAAGACAUCCUUGAUUAGGCUACUUGGUCAGCUGAGUGGCAACAAGCUGAAUGAAUUGAAUUUGUCAACUGCUACUGAUAUUUCUGAGCUACUUGGAUCCUUUGAGCAAUACAAUGCUUUCCGCAAUCUAAGACUGGUGUUUGCUCAAGUUGAGCAUUAUGUUACUGAGUACUGCAGUUUGAAGCUGGAUGAGCCGAAGACCGAGUUCAUCACCAGGAGAAGUGAGAUAAUGGCCAAAUGGCUUACUCUCUCAUCGAGCAUGGAUUUUGUGUCCUUGUCAACUUCCACCUUCAUGUGUAUCGAGAACUGGGAUAGCAUUGCUAAAUCGUUGAACAUGGUGAUUGAGAUUGUUGCAUUGUUAAUGUUGGAUUUAACAAACAAUCUCCUGCCUGUUUCUUGGACAUCCAAAGAACUAGACAAAAUUCUGAAGUCGAUUUCAAAGUUUCAAGAACAUCAUCAUGGGAAGCCCUCUGCCAAGUUCGAGUGGGUUACGGGAUUGCUUGUGAAGGCAAUAGAGAACGGGGAAUGGGUUGUUUUGGAGAAUGCAAACCUUUGUAAUCCGACGGUACUUGACAGAAUCAAUUCUUUGGUGGAGCCAAGUGGGUCUAUAACUGUCAAUGAGUGUGGACUUGUUGAUGGAAGCCCUCUCAUUCUUCGCCCGCACCCCAAUUUUCGGAUAUUUCUCACUGUUAAUCCGACCAGUGGUGAAGUAUCCCGGGCAAUGCGAAAUAGAGGCGUUGAAAUAUAUAUGAUGCAGCCAUAUUGGCUGCUUGAUGAGGCAGAGGGAUAUAAUCAUGCCGAGUAUGAACUAAAGGAUGUUGAGCGACAUCUUGUUCUAUCUGGUAUUCCUGGUGUCAGAUUGGUUGAAUCAAUGGCUAAAGCUCAUGUUUAUGCUAGAAGGCAAGCUUUGACCCAUGGUCUGGAAAUUUCUUAUCUUGAGCUUGCACGCUGGGUUCAGCUGUACCAGAAGCUUCUCACAAGUGGAAACCAUAAUUUGUGGAGUCUCCAGAUCAGUUGGGAACACACAUAUCUCUCAUCCCUUGGGGAGGCUGCGGGACGUGACAUUAUCAGCCAUGGGAAAGAUAUUUAUUUAUCAGAAUCGGUACUGAAGUAUGUUUUCUCUCUUCACUCUUCUCUGCAAUUACCUGGUGGUUGGCCGGCACCUUUGAGAACCUUGGAUUUUGUUUUGCACUCUGAAAUGGCUACUGUUAAGCAGAACUGCAUGUAUUUGGAGACUCUGAUCUUGCAAUAUGUAGGCUGGUCCUCACAUAGGCAUCCGAUGAAAAGUCUUUUAACUCUGCCAAGUAGUGAUGUGGCCUUCCUGAUGAAUGAGCAGCUGAUUUGUAAACUUAUGUUUCCUGAGACUCCUGAGCAGAUGAUUCCCAAGUCCUAUGUUGACAAACUGGUUGAUGUAAAGAUGAAGAGACAAGUUUAUUAUGCUGCCAACUGGACUCUUGAACAGGCUACCUUGAAGGAUUACAAGCUGUAUCUUCUGCACCUUAGCUGGCUUAGCUCUAAAGUGAAACCUUUUAGCCUGUUCAUUAGUUCAUUACUGGAGUUACUUGAGAAGGAAUUCAAACAUCCUAUUUGGGAGUGCAUUUUCAAUUCUCACCGCAGACUAGCCACUCAUCGUAACAGAGAUCUGUCUUUACAAUCAAAACCAUUGCUUUCUCUCGAUUUUUCUGAUGUUUCUGCAUCAGAUGGUGGGUUGAAUGAACAUGUUCUGCAUAAUGCUGUUAACUUGACAGGUCUCCUGAGGCAGUCACACCAGCAGUGGGAUUCGCAGAACAGACAUCUGUUUGUUAAUGAAGCUCAUUGUUUCAAACCAGUUCUUGAGUCUCUUCAACAGCUAGAAGAAGAAGUGCUUGAGAGACUUGUUGAAUCUGAAUUCUAUGAACUACUGCGAACAUUGUAUUCAGACCUUAUUGAUCACCAUGUUGCAUUUUGGGAGGCUUUUAUGUCUUCAAAGGUUGAGGAAUUGUUGAUCUCCUGGCAAUGGCUAGUGAAGGAUAUAUGCAACUUGCGAAAUUUCUUCCCUAGGAUAGCAGAAAAUGUUUUGCUGGUACUUCGCAAGCGGUACUUGUUUGAAAAGAGAAAGUUGGAGGUGAAAGUCCAGGCGAGUGAUAAUGCGACUGCUGACGGGAGUCCAACUUAUUGUUGUGUGAUUCGCCCUGAACUCUUGUGGCUGAAAACGGGUCUUGUUGGUUGGCAAGAGACAAUUCCCAUCGUUGACGCUGCAAGUUUUUUCCUUGACAUGGAGAUAUUGGAAAAGCUUUCACUUCUGAUUCUGAAUAAUCCCAGAGCAUUGCAACUGGAGUUGGCUUCAGUGACUUCACUGCUGGAGCAUGCCUUAAAAUACUCCAGGAUUUCGGGAAGACCUCCACAGAAUUUCAUACCACACCAGAAAAUACUGUGGAUGUUUGAUGCUUGGACAUCCGUACAUGAAGGAUCUGGUGUUUCUGGAUUUCUGUUGUCUGCUGCAAGUUCUCUCUUCCAACAGAUCAUCCAUGCACAUGAGGAGACGUUUGAUUCUGAUACUUUUGCUGCAAUUGCGAGAAUGUUUUCCACUCUCCAGAAGAAUAUUGUAAAGCAAACUGACCUAGAACAGCUGAGCUCCCUUGUUAUGACAUCGAAACAUCGAAAAUUGACGUCCCUGCAUUUCCUGAUUGAAUCAGUGCUCAAAGAUCUCUAUAUUCAUCGUUCAUCAACUGUUGCAAACAUGAACGUUGGGUACACUUGGUUGAGGAUUGGGCUGUUGCGGUUCAGUCUCUUGAUCACUUCUGAUGACUUGGAUCCUAUGAUGGAAUAUUCAUACAAGUUUGCGCUGCUAGAAGAUAAGAUCUCAUCACUUGAAGUCGAAAUCAAGGUGCGACAAGAAUGUGACUACUUAUCAGGAUGGGCUCAGUCAAGAGAGGCUCAUGAAAACAGAAAGAGGGAAUUGGAAAAGCUUAAACUUGAGCAUAAAGUGCUUCAAAGCAAGAUUGUGUUCCGCAGCAAUCCCUUAAAAUUUAAGGCAUUUAGGAAAGAAUGCAAGGAUUUCAAUAAAUCUGUGAUGGCAGUGAUGGAUUUUACAAGCAAUAUUGAUUCUAGAGAGUCGGAACAAGUUAUUCUUCAAGUGUGCAACUGGCAGAAAACAGCAAAGUCUUUUAUUGAGCGGCUAUCAGAUGAAUAUAAAGAGUACAUCGACCUAGCUCAACCAGUUCAGGUGGCACUAUAUGAAAUGAAAUUGGGCCUGUCAUUAGUUUCUUCAGCUACCUUGAGUAAAGACUUACUGCGCAAGAUCAAUGAGGAUAAUCUGGAACUCCUUUUGGAUUCAAUUUAUUCAUUUCUGAAAUUUCCUCGAGGAGAUGGUCUGGAGUCAAUUUCUUCUAUUGAUCUCGGUAUUCCUACAAUUUCCUGGGACUUGAGAAUAGAUUUGCUGGAAAAACUUGCUUCCAUCUCAAGGGAUGCUGAUGGCGGGAGAGUGGUCUCUGUAUUGCAACGCAAAGCUGCAAUUUAUCAUAAUGUUCUUCUGCGUGUGGUACACCUCCUAGCCGUGAGCCAAAGGAUUGAUGAUGCUUCUUUCAAGAUGUUGGACAAAUUGUUCAGGGGCUUUGCUAUUAUGUGGAUGGAUAUGAAAGCUGAAGUCCAGGAUAAAGAAGGGCUCGAUGCUCAACAAUACAAGUUCAAGCCCCGUGCGUUUGAGAUCCAGAAUGUUAUUGAUGCUGAUGUGUCAAUGCUAGCAAAAUAUUUCUCAAAUGAUAGCUUCUCGGAAUUAAAGGAGCUGCUUUCUGAAGAAGAUGAAUCUUCGGAAAAGAUACAUACUAGCGAGGACCAUGGAAGUUUGGAGGAAGAGUGGAACCUCAUGCAGGCGCCUGUCCUUGACAGCAUGAUCCAUUUCCAUAACCAACUAUUUGGAUCUGUUGACCUUAUUAGUUGUUUAGGGACUUUCCACAUAUCAGAUACGGAUAAAUGCACUUCAUUCAUCAACUCUUACGAUCUGGGAGCAAGCAUGAUUAGAGGCUUGGGAGGUUUGUUUAGUUCCUCCCUGGAUGCUAAACUUAUUCCAGAACACAUGUUUCGCCUUUGUUUGGAUCGUGAAAGCAAGUGCCCGUCCAUUCAUAGAACGUCUAGCAAGUACAAAUAUUACAAGGAUUCAAAUGCUCCUAAUCUAGCUAAAAUGGUGAAGCUGCUGAGUGCACUUCAAGAUAAAGUUGUUUCACUCCUAAAUCAGUGGGAGGACCACCCUGGUCUUCAAAAAAUAUUGGAUGCAGUUCAGUCACUGUUGGUUAUUCCUAUGGAAACACCGUUGGCCAAGGCUCUUUUAGGAUUACAACUACUUCUUCGUAGGGUUAUUGCUUUGCAGGAGAAUGGAUCAAAACUUUGUCUCUCUGAUGAACUGGAACCUUUAGUUGCUUUGGCGCGCUCGUGGCAAAAGAUGGAAGUUGACUCAUGGGCUGUGUUGUUGGACGAGGUGCAGGAGCAGUAUGAUACUAAUGCUGCUAAGUUGUGGUUUGCCCUGUCUUCAAUUUUCCACCGGAGUCAUGCUGCAUCGAAAAUUUCGUCCAAACUUCGAGCCUUGGAGAACUCCAAAAGCGACUCCAGUUACUAUUGGCUUUCUAUGGCCAAAUUAGAGAGUAACAUGAAGAUCUUAUAUAAUGCCUUUGGAUACUAUGUUCAAUUCUUGCCAAGAAUAUUGGAGCACAUAGGUGCUAGUAGAAGAAAUAUCGAGAAGGAACUGAAAGAUCUCACCGGACUAUGUAGAUGGGAGAAGACAGAGUUAAGCUUGUCUAUUGAACAAUCAAAAAGAGCGAGGCAGAAAGUGAAGAAGUUAAUACAGAAGUACACUGACAUCUUGCAACAACCUUUCAUGCUCUUUCUUACUCGAGAAGCGGAACAGAAAGCAAGUGCUGCUCAACCUGAGCUGAGUAUAAAUGAUCUCAAGGAGAGUUCGGAAAAGGGUUCUGUGACAUUAAAUACGAUAGCAGAUGAGAUAGAGUCCAGGAUUGAUCAUCGUGCUUCUUACCUUUCCGUAGAGGAAGAAUGGAAUGCUGUGAAUCGUACACUUGAGGAGAUAUGUUCUGCUACUUUUAAUUAUGAUGUCCUGUGGAAGGAUAUGGAAAGAACCGUAGGUAAAAGGCGGGCAUUCGAUGAUUUACUUAAGCUUCUAGAAUCCAGUGGGUUGGAUAAGCACAAAUUCGAGAAGGUCUCCUAUAAAUCGGAUUGGCUGUUUGUCCAGCCAUCAUUCGAUAUCAAACAUUUGCUGCUGACACAUAGUAGACUGCCUUCGAGAGAUUCUAAUCUUUCUUCCUCUAUGAUAUUGGAAAGUUCUCCCAAUGGAAGUUUGGAGAUUGAGUGGAAAGUAACAAAUGAGUUCUACUUUAAAGGCAUUGCAGCUGUGCAGCUCCUGCGGCAGAUAUGUCUGAAUCCUCAUCAAGAUAUCAUCCUGGAGAAGGAACUAUUGGAUGCUCUGAGCUCCAUGUUGAUAGAGGAAUCAUUAUUGCUUGAAACUCUGGAAACUGCUCACCUUCAAUCUUGUGAAGAAGUGAAGCCUGCAGCAAAUCAUGUGCUUCAGGUCUUGGACAAGUUCAUUCCACUGAUCAAGAAGUCCAAGGAAACACUAGACAAGUAUCUUUUGUCCCAUGGCGGGAUGGUGCAAAUCGUUGUGGAGGGAUCAUUGGAUAAAUAUAUUCUUGGUCAAGGGAAGUUGUUGGCUGAGGAGCUUGACCGCUCACUAAAGACUAGGGACGAUUCAGUGAACAUAUCUGAAGCGUCUACUUCUUCUGAGCUCAACACUUUCUGGCAGUCCUUCGAACGAACGCUACAGCUAGCCAACAGUGCGAUGACAAAGCAACAGUCUCUAAGCGAUGGACAUGUUAUUUCCGAAGAGUCUAUUGGGAGCAUUACAUCAUGGGAAUCUUUAUUUAGAUCAUCCGUGGAAAAUCUCAAUUUGCCAGAUCUAUGUAAAAGUCUUCUACAAACCAUUUGCAACAGCCAAAAUCUGCUUAGCCAAUCUGGUGGUACUUCUCGCUUGGGACGGUGUUUUGAGCAAUUACACACAAUUAUGGAUGUGGUCUUGAGUCUUGGUGACACGUUGCUUUCGGAUCUUGUGGGGAUGAACAGAACUGUGUCCAUAAUGACUCGGGAAUUGGCAGAUGUUCUCGCUUCAUUAUUCUCCAAAGGCUUCCGUACCCCUUCGAAGGAUGAGGUUGAUGAGAAUGGCGCUUCUCAAGAUGUUAGUGGAACUGGCUUGGGAGAAGGUACAGGACGUAAUGAUGUCAGUGAUGAGAUAACUGACGAGGACCAAUUGCUUGGAACGAAAGAAAAGGAGGAAGACCAAAAUGGCAGUGGUGAAGUUCCUAAUAAGAAUGAGAAAGGGAUAGAGAUGGAGGAGGACUUUGCUGCGGACACAUUUAGUGUCAGUGAAGACUCUGGAGAAGAAGAGGAGAACGACGACAACGAGGAAGAAAAGCUGGACUCUGCAGUUGGAGAUGCUGGACCGGACAGUGAGGCGGUCGAUGAGAAGCUUUGGGACAAUGAGGGAGACGAAAAUCCUGAGGACAAGAAGGAAAAGUACGAAGCUGGGUCAUCUGUCAAGGAUAAAGAUAUGAGCAAUAGAGAACUCAGAGGCAAGGAUGAUUCUACAGAUAUUCCAAACGAGGAAUCCAAAGAGCUGAAUGGUGAUGAUCUCAAUAACGAGAAAGAUGAUGAGGGUGAUGUGGAUGAAUCUGGUGAUGGGGAAGAGAAUGUGGAGGAUAUGAACUUGGAUAAGGAUGAAGCACAUGCUGAUCCUACUGGGCUUAACGUUGAUGAUGACGUGGAUCGACCUGACGAGGAGGAGAUGGAGGUAGAUGAGAACUCAAAUGAGACAAAAGACAUGAGUUCUGGUGAAGAAGAAGGUUCGGAGAAUGGCGAGGAGGAUAAAACAGAGAGUGGAGAUGACGAGACUAUGCAAGAUGCAGAUGCUGGACAGUCCGCUGGGGCUCCUGAAGAAAAGCUGGAGCAUGGUGCUGAUGCCGAAGACAACUCUGCUGAGAUGAAUGCACAGAGUAAGGACGAGCUUGUACCUGGAAUGCCGGACCUUAACGGCGAGCAAGCGCCCAAUGCAGAAUCCGCAACUCAACCGAAUGGGGAAGUUCAGGCAUCAGAUUCUAGGAGUGUGCCUACUGAGGCGAACGUUUACAGCUCUAAUGCCAAUGUUGCUCCAUUGAGGAACGUGCCUUCCGGUGCUAACUCCAACAUGGAGAUCAUGGUCUCUGACCCAUCAGAUAAGGGGCAGCUAAACGGGGAUCAGAACAACGCCCAACCGCCUGAGGAAGAGUCUUCGUCGUUUAAGAAAUCCCAACCCAAUCCUUAUAGGAGCAUUGGAGAUGCGUUUGAGAAAUGGAAGGAACGGGCGAAAGUGUCAACUGAUGAUAUAGCUUCAGAGGCUCCCCCUGUUGAGAUGGAGGAUAAGAAUGCCAACGAGUAUGCUUACGUGUCAGAGGCGGAGAGAGGGAUGGAACAAUCAUUAGGACCUGCGACUCCUGAUCAGGUUGAUGCCAACAUCUCGGGGAAUAAGCAGGAGGAUAGUUCUGCUGCAGGUCAAGAGGAGGAAGAUGGCACAAAUGAGACUGAAAUUGAUAGGAAUCUUAAACCUUCCUCGGCGGCUGUGUUGAAAGAUAAGAUGGAGCAGCAUUUGCAGGUUUCAGAGGUUGGAAAGUCGAAACAAGCAGAGGAAGAUGUUGAGAUGCCAGAUUAUAAUACGCACACCGAAGUGGGAAGUUCAUUGCAGAAUCUGGUCUCGGUCAGGAAUCCGGCAGCGCUGAGUGAUGGUGUCAGUCGUUUUGAUGAGCUGGCGAUUGGUGAUGACAGUGAGUUGGGGAAAGCGGUGGAUGGAGAUGCUGUGAAUUUAAAUAUCAGGGAAGGUACUGGUGAUGCGUGGAGGAGGUAUGAAUUGCGUACUACAAGGUUGUUUCAGGAGUUGGCUGAGCAGUUACGUCUUGUUCUGGAGCCCACGGUGGCCAGCAAGCUUCAAGGCGACUAUAAGACCGGGAAACGAAUCAACAUGAAGAAGGUGAUUCCAUAUAUUGCAAGCCACUACCGUAAAGACAAGAUUUGGCUGAGACGGACUAGACCUAACAAGCGUGAUUACCAAGUUGUUAUUGCGGUGGAUGACUCGCGUAGUAUGUCAGAGAGUCGCUGUGGGGAUGUUGCAGUUGAAGCUCUGGUUACAGUAUGCCGUGCCAUGUCUCAACUUGAAUUGGGCAACUUUGCUGUCUCAAGCUUUGGAAAGAAGGGGAACAUCAGGUUGCUGCACGACUUUGAAAGGCCAUUUACUGGAGAGGCAGGGCAAAAAAUAAUUUCCAGUUUGACGUUUAGCCAAGAGAAUACCAUCAUCGAUGAACCAGUUGUGGAUCUGUUGAAGUACCUAAGCAACUUGCUAGACACUGCAGUUGCGAGGGCUAGGCUUCCUUCUGGACAAAACCCACUGGAGCAGCUUGUCUUGAUUAUUGCAGAUGGUCGGUUUCAUGAAAAGGAGAAAUUGAAGCGCUGCGUCAGAGACUUCUUAAGUCAGAAGCGAAUGGUUGCAUUUCUGCUGUUGGACAAUCCUGAAGAAUCUGUCGUUGAUCAAUUGGUGGCGACGUUCGUGGAUGAAGGCGACAAGAGUGGGCUCAAGAUGGCAAAGUACAUGGAUUCUUUCCCUUUCCCAUACUACAUUGUGCUGAGAGACAUCGAAGCUCUUCCAAGAACCCUCGCAGAUCUACUAAGACAGUGGUUCGAGAUUAUGCAGUCCUUCAAGGAGUAGAUUGUUCGUGGGGGUCUAGAUGUUUCUCAGCUGGUGGGAAUUGCGAAGGGAGGUCUUUGGUUAUAAAGUAUAUAGGGCACCUUCUCUUCUUUCAUUCUUUAUCGCUGAUAUCGAGUGUAAUUAGGCAGCCAAUCGUAAGAUAAACUUGUAUGGUUUGCCUUUUUUGGUAGUGUAAAUAUUCCUACAUUCUAAAUGAGUAACGGAUUCCCUCUCCUUCAGCGAGGAAGUUUUGCUUCACUUUCAAAUGAGUGCUUUCGCGAACCCCAUGAGAGACGGGAGGUGGGAUCAGCCGUACAGGUCAUCUUGUCCUUAGAUUUAAAC